AUGGGUGAGCGCAGCAACAACGGCGCCUUCAACCUGCGCAACGUGGCGCGCUCGCUCUCGCUCAAGCGCAAGGGCAACACGUCGACGCAGGGCAGCAACGGUCGCUAUGCGCUGCCGACCGACAUCCCCGCCCCGCCGCGUGAAGUAACGCGGCAGCCAUCGCUGCCCGAGAGAGUCCCCGAGAGAGUGCCCGAGAGGGAGUCGCUGGCCUCGCUGGGCUACUCGAGCCUCAACUACGUGCCGCCGCCAGACUCCAGGCCCAAGCGCAACGCCUCGACCAAGCACCGGCGGGCACAGCAGAGCUACGACCUGCUCGGAAGCCACGGAAGCGGCAACGGGGCGCACAGCAGGGGCCCGCAGCUGCCUUUGAGAGCAUCUCGCAGCGACGAGUCGCUCGUCAUUGACUCGGCCGUCCCGCCCAAGCUGCAGUCAACGGCGCGCGGCGCCCCCUCCGGUCCUCCGCCCUACGGGUCGCCCCCGCCCAUGACAUCGCCCUACCUCGUCAAGAGCCCCCAAGCGCCCGCGGCCGAGGCCGCCUCUUCGACCGGAGACGACCCGCUGCAGAACAUCAAGGACCACAUGCGUGCCAAUGCCGACCUCAUCGGCAAUGGGCCGUUUUACUCGGUGCAGCGCGGCUGGAAGAAGGGCAUCUACAUGAGCCGGGCCGAGGCCGACAGGCAGAUACGCAACUUCCCCGGGCCCGUCAUCAAGACGUUUGAGAACCUCGACGAAGCCAUCGCGUUCCUCAAACCGGAUGCUGCGGUGCUGGAGACUCCGGACGAGGACCAGGACGAGGAGGUGCUCGAGCGGGCGAGGAUCUUUUCCGACCUCGCAAGCUCGGGCCAGGUCGAGCUCAAGAGGGCCAUAUCGCUGUCGUCGGAGAGGAAGGCGGCACGCCUCAGGGCCAACAGGGCGCAGAAGGACAGCCUCGACUCUGCCAACGGCUCGGCCACAGCGUCGGCCGCCGCGGCCACUUCUCUCGGGCUUUCCGCAGGACCUUGGGCCACGUCGCGGACCAUCCUGAAGCAGGGCGCGCACAGCCCGUUUGAGGACCCCGUCUCGAACCCUCUCGACAAGGCAUUACCGGUGCCAGCCGAGCCCCUCUGCGGCCCUUCCCGGCUGGUCACGCUCCUGCCCGUCCGUAACCUGGAGGCUUCCAAGAGCUUCUACACCACCGUCCUUGGCAUGACGUGCUCCUCGCAGCACGAGGGCGUGCAGGCCAUCCUGACUUCGUCGACCGGUGCCUCGUUCUGCCUGCGCAGCCUGGAUGUGGCGCCACCGAUGCCAUCAGGGAGCGGGCUCGCCAGGAGCAGCAGCAUUGGCCGCUCGAACUCGUCCAAUGGCCGCUCCGGUCGCCCGAUGUUGCCCCCGAUGAACGAAGACGGAGAGGCGCCGGUAUCGUCAGGAUCAGGGCCCGACAGCCCAUCACGGAACGACUUGAGGCCGUCGAGGUCGCCCGUGCCGCCACCCCCGCCGCCGCGCAGCGCCACUGUGACCAUGUCUGGAAUCACGACUCUGGUCGAAUACCCGAAACCCCUCGACGCUUUGCACAGCCUCGUAUCGCAGAGGAUCAACGGCUGGACGCAGCACGACGCCCGUCAGUUCGGAGACCUUCGCUUCGGAUCAAGGAGGACGGAGGGCGCCAAGAUGCUGUCUGAAGUCGAGGACAAGCCAUGGGGCUGCCAGGAGUUCCACGUCUCUGAUCCGGAUGGACACCGGCUCAUCUUCACGAGUCCGCUGCAAGCUCGGUGA